AUGGCAGGUAAACAGGCUCAGGAUGCAUCGAGGGAGACGGAAACAAAAAAUCGCCAAAGUGGACUCCUGGGCAGGAUCAGGAAAGUGAAGCUGAGAGAGGUUUUCACCUGGCAGCUGGCCAAGACAGUGGCCAUGGGUCAGGGUCUGGCCGGGCUCAUCUGUGGGACAGCCAUCACCUCACAGUACCUGGCCGCAGACUUCCAUGUUAACACUCCCAUGCUGCAGAGCUUCCUGAACUACGCCCUGCUGUGUGUCACCUACACCUCCAUGCUGCUCUGCAGAACAGGGGAUGCCAAUAUUUUUCAGAUUCUGAGGAGCAGGGGGUGGAAGUACCUGCUGCUGGGGCUGGUGGACGUCGAGGCCAACUACGCUGUGGUUAAAGCUUACCAGUACACCACACUCACCAGCAUACAGCUGCUGGACUGCUUUGUGAUCCCCGUCCUGAUGAUUUUGUCCUGGUGUGUGUUGAAGACGCGCUACAGGCCUGUCCACUACGUAGCCGUCUGCAUUUGUCUCCUCGGGGUGGGGGCCAUGGUGGGGGCUGACCUGCUGGCUGGACGAGACCAAGGCUCCACCUCUAACAUCCUGCUGGGUGACGGCUUGGUGCUGGUCAGCGCCACGCUGUACGCCGUGUCCAACGUGUGUCAGGAAUACACGGUGAAGAACCUGAGCAGAGUCGAGUUCCUGGGGAUGGUCGGCCUGUUCGGCACCAUCAUCAGCACCAUACAGAUGGUGAUCCUGGAGCGCAGUGAAGUUGCUUCCAUCCAGUGGAGCUGGCAAGUUGGCGUGCUGUUCUCCGGUUACGCCUUGUGUAUGUACACUCUGUACAGCUGUAUGCCCAUUGUGGUGAAGCUGACCAGCGCCACGUCUGUCAACCUCUCCCUCCUCACUGCUGACCUCUUCAGCCUCUUCUGUGGCCUCUUCCUCUUCCAGUACAAAUUCUCUGUGCUCUACCUGAUCUCACUGAUCAUCAUCCUCAUCGGCUUCAUCACCUUCAACGCCGUGGCAACGCGCUCCUGCCCCACUGACCCCUCCCUUUCUGUCACCGGUGAUGAAGGUUGCUAUGACAAUCACACAGCCAAUCACACUUACAACACCGACCAUGAUGUGGCAGUGAGGGUCACAGCUGAGGAGGAGGAGGAGGAGGAGGAGAGGAAGAGGAGGAUGGGAGGUUCAGGAGGGACAGUGGAUGUGGAUGUCAUUACGGUUGGACUCAGCACUAAAAUGUGA